GUUUCGCGCAGGAAGCAGGCUCCAUUUUAGCGCCGCCCGCCGUCGCCAUCUGUUUCCCUUCCCUCCCCCUUACCCCCUCCCGUCCCCAAACCCCAUCGAGAAGGCUGGGCCUGGGGCGCUAGAGGUUGGAGUAAAAGGAGAAAAGGGAGAAAGGGAAGAAGCGGGAAGAAAAAGGGUGAGUCGAGAACGGUGAGCGGUAGAGGCCAAGGUGCGAAGCGCGCAGCCCAGCGGCCGGACUGACGGACGUGCCCGUGCUACGGCUGCCGCGGCUGCGGCGCCCGCGCGAGUCGCGUCGAAGCGGCGGCGGCGGCGGCGGCGGCGGCAGCAGCAGCAGCAGCAGCAGCAGCACCAGCGGAAACAGGAGGGGAGCAAUGGCGGCCGACAGCCGGGAGGAGAAAGAUGGAGAACUAAAUGUACUAGAUGAUAUUUUGACUGAAGUACCAGAACAGGAUGAUGAACUGUAUAAUCCAGAGAGUGAACAAGAUAAAAACGAGAAAAAGGGAUCAAAAAGAAAAAGCGACCGAAUGGAAUCUACUGACAUCAAGCGACAAAAGCCUUCUGUUCAUUCAAGACAGUUGAUUUCUAAGCCACUGAGCUCAUCUGUUAGCAAUAACAAAAGAAUAGUUAGUACUAAAGGAAAGUCAGUUGCAGAGUAUAAAAAUGAGGAAUAUCAAAGAUCUGAAAGAAGCAAGCGUCUAGAAGCUGAUCGGAAGAUUCGUUUGUCAAGCAGUGCUUCUAGAGAACCUUAUAAGAGUCAACCUGAAAAAACUUGUCUCCGGAAAAGGGACCCUGAUAGGAGGACCAAAUCCCCUAUGCCAGAUGGUUCUGAGAGAAUUGGGCUUGAAGUGGAUAGACGUGCAAGCAGAUCCAGCCAAUCUUCUAAGGAAGAAGUGAACUCUGAAGAAUAUGGCUCUGACCAUGAGACUGGCAGCAGUGGUUCUUCCGAUGAGCAAGGCAACAAUACUGAGAAUGAAGAGGAAGGGGUGGAAGAUGUGGAGGAAGAUGAAGAGGUAGAAGAAGAUGCAGAGGAAGAUGAAGAAGUGGAUGAAGAUGGAGAAGAGGAGGAGGAGGAAGAGGAAGAAGAGGAAGAGGAGGAGGAGGAAGAGGAGGAGGAGGAGGAGGAAGAAUAUGAACAGGAUGAGAGAGACCAGAAGGAAGAGGGAAAUGAUUAUGAUACUCGAAGUGAAGCUAGCGACUCUGAUUCUGAAUCCGUUUCUUUCACAGAUGGAUCUGUCAGAUCUGGUUCAGGCACAGAUGGAUCAGAUGAGAAAAAGAAGGAAAGGAAGAGAGCUAGAGGCAUCUCUCCAAUUGUUUUUGAUAGAAGUGGAAGCUCUGCAUCAGAGUCAUAUGCAGGUUCAGAAAAGAAGCAUGAGAAAUUAUCAUCUUCCGUUCGUGCUGUCCGAAAAGAUCAAACCAGUAAACUCAAAUAUGUCCUACAGGAUGCAAGAUUUUUUCUCAUAAAGAGUAACAACCAUGAGAAUGUGUCUCUUGCCAAAGCUAAGGGUGUUUGGUCCACGCUGCCUGUAAAUGAGAAGAAAUUAAAUGCUGCAUUCAGAUCUGCAAGGAGUGUUAUAUUAAUAUUUUCUGUCAGAGAGAGUGGAAAAUUUCAAGGAUUUGCAAGACUUUCUUCAGAAUCACAUCAUGGAGGAUCUCCUAUACAUUGGGUGCUGCCGGCAGGAAUGAAUGCUAAAAUGUUGGGAGGAGUUUUUAAAAUUGACUGGAUUUGCAGGCGUGAAUUACCCUUCACUAAGUCAGCUCAUCUCACCAAUCCUUGGAAUGAACAUAAACCAGUAAAGAUUGGACGUGAUGGACAGGAAAUUGAACUUGAAUGUGGAACCCAGCUUUGUCUUCUAUUUCCCCCUGAUGAAAGUAUUGACUUGUAUCAGGUCAUUCAUAAAAUGCGUCACAAGAGAAGAAUGCAUUCUCAGCCCCGAUCAAGAGGACGUCCAUCCCGUCGAGAACCAGUCCGGGAUGUGGGAAGGCGUCGACCAGAAGAUUAUGAUAUUCAUAACAGCAGAAAGAAACCAAGGAUUGACUAUGCCCCUGAGUUUCACCAGAGACCAGGGUAUUUAAAGGAUCCACGAUACCAGGAAGUAGACAGUUUCACAAAUCUUAUUCCCAACAGACGAUUUUCAGGAGUUCGCCGAGAUGUGUUUUUAAAUGGGUCCUACAAUGAUUAUGUGAGGGAAUUUCAUAACAUGGGACCACCACCACCUUGGCAAGGAAUGGCUCCUUAUCCUGGAAUGGAACAACCUCCACACCAUCCUUACUAUCAACACCAUGCUCCACCUCCUCAAGCUCAUCCCCCUUACUCAGGACAUCACCCAGUACCACAUGAAGCAAGAUACAGAGAUAAGAGAGUACAUGAUUAUGACAUGAGGGUGGAUGAUUUCCUUCGUCGCACACAAGCUGUUGUCAGUGGUCGGAGAAGUAGACCCCGUGAAAGAGAUCGGGAGCGAGAGCGAGACCGCCCUAGAGAUAACAGAAGAGACAGAGAACGAGAUAGAGGGCGUGAUAGAGAAAGAGAAAGAGAGCGAUUAUGUGACCGGGACAGAGACCGAGGGGAGAGAGGUCGAUAUAGAAGAUAAUGCGCUUUUGGAAGCACUGAUUGUUUAAAGAUAAAAAAAAUCUUGUAUUUUUUUUGUGUGUGUGUGUGUUUACAAGUAGUAAAUUUAUUUUCAGCGGUCUACUUAAAGUUCAUUGUGUAGAAGGGUUAAUUAAAUCCCUCUUUGUUCCAAGCAUGCGGUAUAAUAAGAACUGGAAAAACUCAAAUCCUCCAAAAAUGCACAGUUGACAGUUUGAGUUGACACUUUUAUUGGAGCAGAAUGGAACAGUCCAAGAAUGUAGAUAUUGAUUCAUUCUCCAUAAAUGUUCAUCUACUUAUAGUGUGUUCAUCCUAGAGUUAUUUUUUGUUUUUCUUUUUUUUGGAUCCUGAUUGAUGACUGCCAUGAUAUUUUGCUUUGAUGUGUUUCUAAACGUAGUUGCACACGGUUCAGUAACAAUAAUGCUGCUAUCAAGUAUGCAAAUAUUGAAGUAUGAUGGUUUGACAGGAUGGCAGUGUUGUAGCAGCCUCUUUGUUUCUCCCUUUCCCUCUUUUUUUAAUCUUAAAAAGUCACUUUUUAUUUUUCUUCAGUCUUCAAUGAUGAGAGCAAUAUUAAGAAGACAUUGCUAUCUAAUUUUUAAUCUUUUUAAAUAAAAAAUUCCUAUGUUCAGUAGCAUGGUUGAUGCUGUCAUUUAGCCUUCCCCUCCAAACUGUAUACAUUGGCUUGGAAUGUUCACAACUUGCGUGUGUGGCAGCGGAAGAUAAUUCCCAUAUUCUACAUUGCUACUGUUUUGUAUAAAAUAAAUUGGUAAAGAUUGACACUUAACCUGUUGUACUUCUUUCUUGUCUGGGUGCAAGUUUGUUUUCUUAGGCAUUAGUGGACAUAACAUAAUGCUUUGUGUUUAGGAAGUGUAGGAACCCUGGUUCCCCCCCCCCUUUUUUGCAUAUUUUGGCAGAAAUGAUUGCCCUAGGCCAAUUAUGUUAAAAGCGUAGUUCUAUUUCUAAUAUAAGUACUAAUGGUACUUGAUGGAAUUAUGUUGAUAUUUGGUUAAGUAUUUAUUCUUUUGAUAACAUUUUUGGAUCUACUCUGGUCACAGGAUUGUUUUCUUAUUUCGGGUUUUCUGUUGUUUUCAUCUGCAAUAAGUGGACUAUUUUAAAGAUGUUUUUCUAUUUUACUUUUAAAAUAUACUUUUAAGUUACCUCUUACAGGUACAUAGUUUAAGUUAUCCAUCAAUCCUUCCCAAUAGUAACAAGCUAUAUAAAAUAAAGGGCCGCACAAGAAUAUAGUUUAUGAAAGAUUUUUUUGCAUUUCAGUUUCUUGAGUUAUACCUGAAAUUUUGGCUUUUAUUAAGUUGAAUAUUUAAAACAUUUGGGGUAUUUAAGUAUAUGACCACUUUUUUCAUGGUGUCCUACUUACCUUGCAGUCUGUACCAAAUCAUGAUCACAAUUUUAUAUUUAAUCUGUAUUGGUCUGAAAAGGGGAAUGCAGAAACUUCACUCUUGAAAGAUACUUAAAACUAUCAGUUUACUUCUUUUAUAUUCUCCCUGGCAUUUAGAAUAUUUUUUCCAUGCACUCAUAAUCAGUAGUUUUAUUUACCUGUUUCAAAAAUAAAGCCUAAGGAUUUAUUUUAAAUAUGUGCAGUGUGGUAGAGAAGAAGGAACAUUUCUCUAGGUGAUAGGGAACCUGGGUUCUAGUUGCUUUGCCUUCAAUUAGACUGAAAACGGUGAUAUUGGUGGUCACUUCACUGAUGUUUGUAUUCAUCAGAAACUUAAUAGAAGUUAAUAGCUAAGGGUUUUUUUUUUUCCCCCAUGCCUUUUAAACUGAAAACUUCUAAGAUGUAGUGGAAUCACCAAAAAUUUUUUUUUUUUUUUAAAGAUUUUAUUUAUUUAUUUGACAGAGACACAGCGAGAGCAGGAACACAAGCAGGGGGAGUGGGAGAGGGAGAAGCAGGCCUCCCACUGAGCAGGGAGCCCGAUGUGGGACUUGAUCCCAGGACCCUGGGAUCAUGACCUGAGCCGAAGGCAGACGCUUAACGACUGAGCCACCCAGGUGCCCCCAAAAUGUUUUCUUAAGAAAUAAGCCAUUUUCCUGAAAUAAUAGUAAUACUAAUAAGAAAUUGUAAAUCAUAUUGAACAGUUAAAGGUACUUUGUGCUUCCAUUACUAAUUUCAUCCUCCUGUAACAUCCCUCUUCCUAUUUUAUAGAUGAGGAGAUAGGCCCAGAGAGAUUAAACUUGCCCAAGAGGACAAAAGUAGCAAUUGAUGGAGCAAGUUUCCAUAUUUUUAUCUAAUUUGGUGUUUCCAAGGAAGCCAUUUGAUCUGUUUUGGAAAGAAAUAGACCAUAAUAUAUGUUUAAAACAAUGGUGCUAGGUUCUACUAAGGAUAUUAAACAUAUUUUCUUCUAGCUUUUCUUAUUAAGGAGAGGAUUUUCCUGAAGUGUCCAGUCACUUAGAAGUUAACCUAUGCUUUGUAUUUUGGGUGUUAAGCUUAUUAACUAUCCACUUAAUUUAUUCUAAAAAGCUACCAUGUAUUGAGUUCUUACUAAUAGGCAUUAUUCUGUAUACUUAUGUUAGCUCAUUUAAUCCUCACAGUAACUUUUCUCCUGAUUUUUUUUUUUUUUUUUUGAUGAGAAAACUGACAGGAACAUGGUAUAAAAGAUUGCUUUAUAAUUUUUUUCCCCUAUGCAGAGGAGUCAAAAUAAUAGACCUGUAAAAUUGAAAUGUUUGAUUAGCUAAUUGAAGACAUAAUUUUUCUUACUGUGAGAGGCAUGGUUUCUUCCAUGGACUCUGUGAUGUUAAUUCUAAAAAUCUCUACAUUGGUAACAUACAGUCCCAUAUGUUCAAGUCAAAAACAGAAAAUUCAGUUAUUCAAAGUUUAGAAAUCAGUCUGGGAUUUUAUUAUCUGGAGUAAAAGUUCAAGGGAAUGAAAUUGCAUUCAGGUAUGUCAUUUCUCUUUUGGCUUUGCUUUCCCUCUAUAAUGGCUUUAUUCUUAGUUGUAGUCUAAGUGUUCUAAAAAUGUCCAUCACCACCUCCAAUCUUCCAUUAUCCAUAUACUUAACCAGUGUCAGAAGGAGAGAGACCAGUUUUCCACUGAGUUCUGUAUCAUUUUCUCAGAAGGACUGAAUAGCCAUGAUAGUUUUCAUGGAGCCAGUUCUGAUCUAAUGUGUGUUCAGGGAAGUGGGGUUCUUUGACCAGCCAGUGUGGGAGGCAAAAGAGGCAGGUGAUAAUACGGUCAGCUCCAGGGGAAUUACAUCAGGAAGGGCAGUUUCCAAAUGACAAAGUAACAGAUGUCUGAUCAAAUUUAAUGCACAAUCUCAUAGAACUAUUAUCUGAAUGUCUGACUUUUCACUCACUGAGAAUAUUUUGUCAUAGGCAUAGCUUUCUUCUGGAUAUCUCUUUUCAUCCUGCUGUAGAAUGCAUUGGUCACUCUUCUGAAGGACAUAGAUCCUGCUUUGUCAUACUAUUAAAAUUACCCCAAGGGAUGUUGGAUGUAUGGAAUAAGAAAAAGGAAAUGAGAAUUGUUGCCAGCAUUUCACUGACUAUUCUAGUUUCCUGACCUCAAGGUAAGGGUGACUGACACAUGAAUUGUUUUAUCCUGAUUUUUAAAAUUGAUUUGGAUAGAAAAAGUGCCUAAUGCAAUUUGGUACACUUACUAAAAUGAGACACAUGACAUUAUUGGGCCAAACUUCCUUUUUGUGGGGUGGGUGGCAAACUUCUAGACCUCAAGUUCACUGUAAUAGGGAUAGGAAUCUUAACAGCUUAAUUUACAGUCAUCCGGCUCAUCUAAUUUUUUGCCUCCUCCUCGUUUCUAACUCUCACACUUUUGUGUUUCCCUUUCAGUUUCUUCUUUCUGUGUGUCUGUGUGGCAUCUGAAAGACUGUUCAAUCCUACUAAUGAUAUUCAGGGUGUAACAGGUCAGUAAACUCUUGUCGUAGAUUUGGCUUCCACUGAUGUCACUGAAAGGAACUUUAUUUUUAAAUUAUAUGGUAGGCAAGAAGACAGGCGGCUACAGUUAGCCUCUCAAAGUUUCUAAGGGACUCAGUGAUUCUGAAAUGUAAGUUGUUUUUAGCUGAAAAUAUUAAAUCAGUUGGCAAAUAACUGGCUAUUCGAAUGCAAAGAUGUGUACUUCCUGUUCAUUUGUAGUAUAUUUGAGAAGUAGAUGAGAAUUUUGGUACAAAUUAAGACUUUUUAAAGAUUUUAUUUAUUUGACAGAGUACAAGCAGGGGGAGGAAGAGAGGGAGAAACAGGCUCCCUUCUGAGCAGGGAGCCGGAUGCAGGGCUUGCCCGCAGCACCCUGGGAUCAUGACCUGAGCUGAAGGCAGAUGCUUAACCAACUGAGCCACCCAGGUGCCCUGAUACAAAUUAAGACUUAAGUGGUUUUUAUGGGAACAUUCCCUUUAGAUGAAGUAUUUUCCAUCUAUUCAACUUUAGAGAGUUUUUAACUGAAAUCUAUGGGGAUAGAAUGUUAUUGGGAUUAAUUUUAAGCUUAGAACAUUAACUUGUUCUUUUUUUAUUUUUGUGUUUUCAAACUUUAAAUGCAUAUGAAAUAUAUACUAUAUACAGACUUCCUUUUGGGGAUUUUGGAUAAGGUUAAAUCCCCAUUUUUGUCAUGUCUUAUUUCAAAAUCACAUACCCAUGUUCUGUUGUAUAGAAAACCUCAUGCAAAAACUGGGGCUAUCAUCAUACUUUGUAAGCAGACAUCUUUAGAAACCUACAUUGUAAUAUAGCAGCUGUCAUUACUGCCAUGAGGACACACAGUUUUGAGAAUUUGAGAACAGACCCCACUAACUUUUUAUUAUUAAAUGUUAAAUAAUGGUUAUGGUGAAUGUUACUGAUUUCCUAUAUGGCCACCAUUCUUUUAUUUAUCCUGACAGUUCUUUAACUGUCACUUAAGUAUCCUGUCCCACCUUGUGAAUUAGGAAUAGCUGGCCCCAUCCUCAGAGUAGACUUGAGGAUUUAGGAAUAGCUGGCCCCAUCCUCAGAGUAGACUUGAUUGGCCUAUAUUAGUUUAUUCCCCUAGGAACUCCUAAAUCAGUAAGGGCAUGGCAUUCCUUUUGCCAGGGCUUGGCUUAGAACUGAGCAGUUUUACCAUACAUAGAUAGGCCAGUGAAAUGCCAUGGGAGUUUUUCUGAGGAUUUCUGGGAAAGAGAUUUAUUUGCUCUCAGGAGACAGACACUAGAAGAGAUACUUUUUCACCUCAGGGAACUAAAGUAUGUGACUGAAGCCUGGAAUUGUUCUACUAUUUUGCCAGCUUCAGGAAACUGGUUUAAGAUGAAUCCAACAAACAAGAAGACAAAGCCCGAAUUACCUUGCAUGAUAGAAUAGAAUAGAACUUUUUUUAAUCUUUGAGGAACUUUUCUUUUUCACUGGACCUUGAAACAAAGACCCUGCAAGUACAGUCAAGGAUUUGGAAAGAGGUCAUAGAUCUGAAUAAAAUAUAGAGGAUGAGGGCGCAGGAUCAUUAGGGACAAACACAUUAUGUUAAAGUACAUUUCAGCUUAUCCAGAAGUCAUACAGGGAUAUGUCUUGUAACUGGACUCAUCAGAUCCAAGUGUGGAUGUGGAGGAAAGGUGCUCAGAGCACAUUGGAGUUGCAUAAUAAAAAAUAGGGUAAGGAGGAAAAUCAAAGGAGAACUUUUAUAAUGUCACAUUUAAUCAUCAUCUCUGGUGGGUGCUUCAGACUUUAUUGCAUGCAAUAAAGUCAGGCUUUUUGGUUUUUGUUGUUUAUUUUGAGCCUCAUUAUUUUAACUCAAUAGCCCACAAUCGUAUUUUUUAAAAUUUGAGGUAUAAUUGACAUACAACAUUAUAUUAGUUUCAGGCAUACAAGAUAGUGGAUUUGACAUUUAUAUAUUUUGCAAAAUGGUCAUCACGAAAGUUUGGUUACUGUCUGUCACCUUACAAAGUAAUGCAAUGUUAUUAACUAUAUUCCCUAUGCUGUACAUUGUAUCCCUGUGACUGCUUUUAUAACUGGACCUUUGUACUUAAUUGCCUUCACCCAUGUCUUCUCCCACCACCACCUCCCUCUCUGGCAACUACCAAUCUGUUCUCUGUGAGUCUGGGUUUUGUUUGAUUUUUGUUUUAGAGUCCACAUAUAAAUGAAAUCAUAUGGCCUUUUUCUCUGUUAGACCUAUUUCACUUAGCAUAAUACCCCAAGGUUUCUCCGUGUUACUCAAAUGACAAGAUAUCAUUCUUUUUAUGGCUGAGUAAUAUUCUAGCGUGUGUUUGUGUGUGCACGUGCACAUGCAUGCGUGUAUCCUGUCUUUACCCAUACCCAUUUGUUCACCAGUGGACACUUAUGUUGUUUCAAUGUCUUGGCUGUUGUUAAGUAAUGCAGUGAAAGUCGGGGUGCAUAUAUAUCUUUGAACUGGUGUUUUCAUAUUCUUUGGGUAGAUAGUAGUGGAAUUGCUGGGUCACAUGGUAGCUAUAAAAUUUUUUGAGGAACCUUAACACUGUUUUCUGCAGUGGCUGAAUCAAUUUACAUUCCCACCAACAGUGUACAAGGGUUCCUUUUUCCCCAUAUCCUCAACCACACUUGCUAUUUCUUGUCUUUUUGAUAAUAGCCGUUCUUACAGGUGUGAGGUAAUACUUUGUGGUUUUGAUAUGCAUUUCUCUGAUGAUUAGUGAUGUUAGCACUUUUUCAUGUAUCUGUUGGCCAUCUGUAUGCCUUCUUUGAAGAAAUGUCUAUUCAGAUCUUUUGCCUAAUUUUUUUUAAGAAUUUUUUUUUCCUUGAGAAAGCACACAUGAGUGGAGAUGGGGAGGGGCAGAGGGAAAGGGAGAAGCAGACUCUCCACUGAGCAGGGAGCCCAGCUCAGGGCUCAAUCCCAGGACCCCAGGACCAUGACGUGACCCAAAGGCAGACACUUAACUGACUGAGUCACCCAGGUGUCCCUUUUUGCCCAUUUUUUAAAUUGGAUUCUUCUUUUGCUAUUGAGUUGUUACUAAUUCUUUAUAUAUUGUGGAUAUUCAGCCUUUAUCAGAUACGUGAUUUGCAAGUAUUUUCUGCUGUUCUGUAGGUUGCCUUUUCAUCUUGUUGAUGAUUUCCUUUGCUGUGCAGAGGCUUUUUACUUUGAUACAGUCUCACCUUUUUAUUUUUGCUUUUGUGGCUUUUGCCUUUAGAGUCCUAUCUAAAAAAUCAUUGCCAAGAUCAAUGUCAAGGAGCUCGCCACCCAUGUUUUUCUUCUAGGAUUUCUGUGAUUUCAGGUCUUAAGUUCAGGUCUUUAAUCCAUUUUGUGUUAACUUGUGUAUGGUGUAAAAUAGUGAUCUAGUUUCAUUUUUUUGUUUGGGGCUGUCCAGUUUUCCCUGCUAACACCAUUUAUUGAAGAAACUUCUUUCCUCAUAGUAUAUUCUUGCCUUUGUUGUAAAUUAAUUGACAAUAUAUGCAUGGGUUUAAUUUUGGAUUCUGGAUUCUGUUCCAUUGUUUUGUGGUUUUGUUUUUUAAGUAGGUUCCAUGCCCAGCGUAUAGCCCCAUUGUGGGCCUUGAACUCAUGACCCUGAGAUCAAGAUCUACACUGAAAUCAUGAGUCUGAUGCUUGCCUGACUGAGCCACCCAGGCGCCCCACCAGUACCCUUCAGUUUUAAUUACCAUAGCUUUGUAAUGCAGUUUGAAAUCAGGGAGUGUGAUGCAUCCAGCUUUGUUCUUUUUUCUCAAGGUUGCUUUGACUAUUCAGGGUCUUGUUUCCAUACACAUUUUAUGAUUGUUCUUCUGUUUCCAUUGUAAAUGCCAUUGUGAUUUUGGUAAGAAUUGCAUUGAAUAGGGCGCCUGGGUGGCUCAGUUGGUUAAGCGACUGCCUUCGGCUCAGGUCAUGAUCCUGGAGUCCCGGGAUCGAGUCCCAUAUCGGGCUCCUUGCUCAGCAGGGGGUCUGCUUCUCCCUCUGACCCUCCCCCCUCUCUUGUGCUCUCAUUCUCUCUCUCAAAUAAAUAAAUAAAAUCUUAAAAAAAAAAAAAAAGAAUUGCAUUGAAUAUGUUGUUUUGGGUAGUAUGGACAUUUUAACAAUAUUAAUUCUUCCCAUCUGUGAGUACAGAGUAUCUUUCCAUUUAUUUGUGUCUUCAGUUUCUUUAGCAAUGUCUUAUAGUGUUCAGUAUACAGGUCUUUCAUUUCCUUGGUUAACUUUAUUGCUAGGUAUUUUAUUCUUUUUGAUGCAAUUGUAAAUGUUUUUUCUUAAUUUCUCUUUCGAUAGUUCAUUAUUAGUGUGUAGAAACGCAACAAAUUUUGUAUAUUGAUUUUGUAGCCUAUUAACGUUACUGAAUUUAUUAGUUUUAACAGUCUCCUGAGAGCAUCUCUAUAGGCCUCUAGAAGUGUGCUAUACCAGAAGGCUGGCCCUUAGGCCAAAGCUCCUGGAAAUAGGCCUCUCUCUCAGAAAGACUGAGGAUGUGCUUCUGUCUGCUAUCUGUGCAGUACCCUUGGGAUAGUAAUCUGCCAAGAGCUGCCUUUCCAGUUGUUAUAGCCCAUGGGACCCAGGAAUGAAAGCCCCACAGGCCUCCCAGGGCUGAGUGAUCAAGGGCUUCCCCUGAGUUGCAGCCAUAAGGUCAGGGACACCAGAUGUAAAAAUUGGGGAUCAGAGGAGUGUAAAAGCUUCCCUCUGGGGAAUUCUGGCACUCUGGAGAGUGGUUGGUAGAGGGAGAGUAUGAACAUGAUGAGGAGGGGGGGGAUGUUGUCAAAAGUGGCUCCCAGCAGCCUCCAUCCCCUGAGAGUAUCCCAAAAAACUCCUGCCUUUCUGGCCAGUGCUUUUAAGGUUAGCAAAUGAGUUUCUUUCACACAGGUUUGGAAGCUUUUCAGAUAGCUGCUUCUGCGCUGGGCCCUGUGGUGAGUGAUUCUGCAUGCGAACCCUUUUUAAGAGCUGUUUCUCAGUUCAUUACAGUCCUUUGGGUCUUGUGGACAUGAGCCCAUUAGCUUUCAAACCAUGCGUUUUGGGGGUCUUAAAGUUGGGGUGCCCAGGGGCGUCUGGGUGGCUCAGUCGUUAAAGUGUCUGCCUUCAGCUCAGGCCAUGAUCUCAGGGUCCUGGGAUUGAGCCCCGCAUCAGUCUCCCUGCUCGGCAGGAAGCCUGCUUCUCCCUCUCCCACUCCCCAUGCUUGUGUUCCUGCUCUCGCUAUGUCUCUCUCUCUGUCAAAUAAAUAAAAUCUUUAAAAAAAAAAAAAAGUUGGGGUGUCCAAUUUGGGGGACUAAGCCUUUGCUCUUCAGGAAGAAGUUUCAGGGUUGUGAGUUCCCUCCCAAUUGUGGUUCACUGCACUGGGGGUGGGGUUUAAGUGAGAUUGGGUCUCAAGCUCUCCUGUUUGCCUUAAUGUGGCCUCUUUCUCAUUUGCCCAAUGUAAAGGCAUUGCUUAGCUAGUUUUAAGGUCUUUCUCAGAAGUAAUUAUUACAUAUGUAGCUGUAGAUUCCAUGUGUCUGUGGGAAGAGACAAGUUCAGGAUCUUUUGUACGUUACUAUCUUGAACUGCCUCCUCCAAAAACACUAUCUAGUCUUAGAGCUUCAUUAAAAAGGUUAAGCAAAUCUGAACUAGUAUUUGUAAGUAUAUUCAAUACAGCAUGUCAGUAAAUUUACAUUAAAUUCAACAAAAAUGUAUGAUACGUUUUCAGUGGGAUACUUUGGGAGAUAAAGAGAUAAAAAAGACAAUCUUGGGCGCCUGGGUGGCUCAGUUGGUUAAGCGACUGCCUUCGGCUCAGGUCACGAUUGUGGAGUCCCAGGAUCAAGUCCCGCAUCGGGCUCACUGCUCAGCGGGGAGUCUGCUUCUCCCUCUGACCCUCUUCCCUCUUGUGCUGUCUCUCAUUCUCCCUCUCAAAUAAAUAAAAAAAAUCUUAAAAAAAAAAAAAAAGGCAAUCUUUGCCUUCAAGGAGGUUAAAUCUUAUAUGGAGAUAAAAUACAUAUUCAGGGGGCGCCUGGGUGGCUCAGUCGUUAAGCAUCUGCCUUUGGCUCAGGUCACAAUCCCAGGGUGCUGGGAUCGAGCCCCACAUCGGGCUCCCUGCUCCUCGGGAAGCCUGCUUCUCCCUCUCCCACUCCCCUUGCUUGUGUUCCCUCUCUCACUGUGUCUCUCUGUCAAAUAAAUAAAUAAAAUUAAAAUAAAUAAAUAAAUAAAAUAAAAAAUAAAAUACAUAUUCAGGGAGAAUGUGAGUUUAAACUCAGAUGAUGAAGCAGGAUUGUUUGGGGAAGUGGAUGAGAUUUAGAAAUGGUAUAGACGUAUGGGUGGGGUUUUGGAAAUGGGAGAGGACUAUAGUUGAAAAUGUAUUCAAGGCUAUGUUAGAGCUAGAUUGCCAGGAAUUAUUUGCUGGGGUUGUUUUUUUUAAUGUAAAUAAUACUUCGGAAAAUUCUGAAGUACUAUAAUUAUCUAUUGAAAUUACAACAGUAGUAGAUACCCCUUGAACAAAUAUUAAAUCAAAAAGUACAUAAAAUGUGAUAGUCUCACUUUCCAAUCUUAAUUUCCAUGGGCAGCGUUAUCAGUUUGAUAUUUAUUAUUCCAGGCUUUUUAAAAAUAUUUAUAUAAUCAUCUGUAUGCUUUGUUUUAAGAUUAUUAUUUUAGAAAAUAAUGUAUAUUUUUGCAAAGAGCUUUUUUGCACUGCACAGUGUACCAUGAACAUUCUUCUCAGUUAGUGUGUAUUGAAUGCCUUUUUUUCUUUUUAAUGGCUUCAUAUUUUCUAAUAAUGAAUGUACCAAAAUGUCUUUUAUCCAUUUACUUAUCCUUGGACAGUUACAGAACUUCUAAAUGUUGCUGUUACAACUAUGCUAUAAUGAAUAUUCUUGUACCUAUAUUUUAAUACUUAAACUAUUUUUCAUAAGAUAGUCUUGAAUGAUAUGGUUUGGUCAUUUUACAUUUUGAUAGGUAUUGUCAAGUCAUUCUUCAAACAGUUGUACAAUUUACUUAAACAGUCUCUGAGAUUUGCCCAUUUACUAUAUUCUCUUAUCAGUACUAGAAUAUUUAGAGCCCUUAAAUUCCUGUGAGUCUAACAGGAGAAAAACAUUAUUUCAUUUUUGUAUUAGUUUGUGUUUCCAUACUUACUUAUAAAUUUGAGCAUCUUUUCAUAAAUUCAUUUAACCAUUUAUAUUUCUUUUCACGGCAAUUGCCUUUCCUAGUCUCUGCUCAUAGAUUUGUGAGUACUUUUUUAUUAUGCUUUAAGUAUGUGAAUAAUACACACAUGAAUAUUAAUUGUUUGUGAUGUGUAUUCUCUACUAAUGAUCAGUUAUCUGUUUAUGGUAUCUUCCUUCAUACAAAACUUUAAAUCUUCAUACGGUUAAAUACGUAAGUAGUUUAUUUAUGGGCUCUUGAUUUUCUGCCGUUUUCACUGCCAGUUUCUUUUAUAUAUUUUUAAAUUUUAAAGUUUUUUUUUUUUUAAGUGUGUACUAUUUGAUCUGAAAUUUCUUUUUCUAAGAAUAUGGCUUUGGGAUCUCAUUGCAUAUUGUCCCAACACCAUUUAUCAUUGAGUAAUCAUGUCUGAAUGAUUUUCCAAGCCUCUUUUAUCACACACUGAAUAUCUGUAUACACCUGGUUCUGUUUUGGAUGCUGUUCUGAUACUUGAUCUCCAUAUCUAUGUCUGCACCAGGGCCGUAUUUUAAAGCUGUGGUCCACCCUGUGUGUAUUGUUCACUUUCAGUUUUCCUUUUUGUACAUUUAAUAUUAUUCCAUAAUAACAGUAUAACAUUUUCGUGCCUUUUAAAAAUAUUUUUGGGAUUUUGAAAUAGAUUCAUUGAGCCCAUUAACUCUUUGGAGGGAAUAGUUUAAAUGUUGAGAUUACCCAUCCAGGUACAUGGUAGUUCUUGUCAUUUUUUCAUGUCUUUGUUUAUGUUUUUAAGUAAAUCUUUAUAUUUUUCUUCCAAUAUGUAUUACACAUUUCUCAUUAGGAUUAUUUUUAUUUAUUUUAUGUUUCUGUUGCUAUUGUGACAAAUUCUACAAUACCUUAUGAUUGAUUUUUUUUCUCUCUUAGGAAAUAAACUGAUUUUUAUUUAUUUAAAGAUUUAUUUAUUUUUAGGGGUCAGGAGGGGAGGGGCAGAGAGAGGGACAGAAUCUUCAAGCAGACUGUCUGCUGAGUGUGGAGCCAGAAGGGAAGUCGGGCUAGAUCUCACAACCAUUAGAUCAUGACCUGAGCCAAAAUCAUGAGUCAAGAUGCUUAACCAGCUGAGCCACCCAGGCGCCCUGGAAAUAAACUGAGUUUUGAUACUGCUCUUAUAUUUGGUCAUCUUACAGAAUUUAAGUAAUCUGUGAUAAUUUUUCAUUUGUUGUGUUUGAUUUUUCUCAACACCAUAUUACUCACAAAUGAUGACAAAUUUUCUUCCUGUGUUCCAAAUUUUAUUAUUUUUACAUAUUUUUCUUUUGAAUUGGCCAGGCUUUCCAGUACAGUACUGAAUAGUUAAGAUUAACAACUAAACAUUCUUGUCUAGUUCUUGACUUUAAUGAUAAUACUUCAUUGAGGAAGGGGAAAAAAACCAACUUAGCAAAAACUUAAGAACUCAUACUUGUGGUUGAACAUAUCAAAUGGUAUCUAUGGGCUUAUAUUGAAAAAGAAGUAUCUUACGAUCAGCCUUAUUUAACCAUUUCAGUUUCUGUUUUUGCUGAUAGUUGUCACAUCUCUAAAUAAUAGUAUAUAGCUGUUUCAAAAUUUAUAAAGUUUAGAUAAUAUAUAUGUAUUUAAUAAAUUUAUCCAACCCUCAUAAAACUUUUGCCUCCUUCCAAAUCAGCCGUAUUUUUAGUCUCAGUUCCUCCACUGAGAAACUGUGACCACUAUCUUUUUUUUAGAGAAAGUUUCACUUGUCUCUUCAUUUUGUAAGAUGAGGAAAUUGGUUCUUCUUUCCUUCUACUUACCUCUUUACCUCCAUUAACCUCCUGCCUUCAGCUAACUACUCUAAAAUAUGCUGCUUUUACAUUGUCAAGGUUGAUAACGUUUAUGUUGUUUUGUAGCUGUAGUUAAAGCUUCUGUCAUUUGUAGAUUGAUUCUUAACAUAGUCCAUAAAUACCAUUUUCUUUGCUUUGUAUAUUGCAACUAUUCACUCCAAAGCCAAAUAUACUGCUUGCUUCUUUAUGUGUUACAUGUCAUGACACCCAUGCUCCUGAAUGGGAUAAUAUUCCUAGGGUAAAUUUUAAUUGGAUUUCUCCCCCCCCAUCUUUCUUCCUCUUUUUCCUCUUUAUCUCUUUACCUCUUCCUCCUCCUCAAUCCCCUUCAACACCCCCUGCCAGUAAUUUUCUUCAUUUCCUCACUUUUCAAGUUUCUCAGUCAUCCUCUCUUUCACUUAUUUUUUAACCAAGAGGUCUUCUGCUGGAGGCAUGUGUCUUCCUUUUCCAACCUGACUAUAGGACUUGGCCCAGCAAAUCCACAGAAUCACUGUUUAGUGAUUCCAAUUUCUUUUUGUUUCUUGGUUUAGAGUUUUGUUUUAUUGGAGUAAAUUCUUCACAUAAGUACCUGAGAAAGUUUAAUAGUCAUUAGUGCUGUUUACCAUAUAUUUUUUUCCUCUGCACACACCACCCACCUUCUAGGUUUGUAUGUUUCUACUGCCUAAAGUUAACUUGCUUUCUUUAGUGAAAAGCCUCUUUUCUUAUGUGAGAGUCACCAGAUAGUGGCAGUUUUGUCAGCCUGGCUUCUAGGGUGAGGAUAAUUUGACACAGAACUUCCAGUGUAACUGCAGUGGACGUGGAACAUGAGAGAGAAAUACACCUUUAUUGUUUUAAGACUGGAAAAUUUGGGGGUUAUUGCAGCAUAACGUAGUAUAUUCUGACUGAUGUAGGAAGGAUGUGUGAGUUUGUCUUAAUUCCUAAAAUAUUUGAAAGUCUGUUUUCUGAAUACUUGAUAGCUAAUUUGGAGAGAUGUAAAACUCUAGAUUAAUAAAAUUUCUCAGAAAAAUAAAGACAUUGAUCUGUUGUCCUAGCAUUUCUUGUUGCUGAUGAGAUGCUGGGGGAAGUAUAAUUCCAGUUCCUUUGCAGGUAAUCAGAAAUUUUCCCUUCCCAAAUCUUUUAGGAUCUUCCAUUUAUCCUCGUUUAAAAUUUCAUAGUAAUGAAAAUUUUAUGCAUCCAGCUUGGCUCUCCAUUGGCUGUUUUUGAAGAUCACAUACAUGUCUACUCUGGAAAACUUCAUUGCAUUGUUCUGCUAAUUGCUGCCUUUUUACCUUCUCAGUUCUUUUUUUCUUCAGUUUAUCUUACUUGGACCCCUACCUAGAUUAAUACUUUCUCUCAUUUCUCACACUUUUUGUUAUCUUUGUCUUUUGUUUAUACAUUCUAAGAGAUAUCCUUAUAUUAUGUUCCAACAUGUCUUUUGUUUUCACGUAUUUCAAGUUCAGCCACUAUAUUUUUAUCUUUCAAGAAUGUCUCUCUCAGCUUAGUUUCCCCCAGAAAGCUGCAGUUAAGACAAAGGUUUGCAUGUUAGUAUUUUGUUUCUCGAACUGAUCCUAUGAAACAGGAGUGUGGGAAAAGGAAAAUGACAUAAGGAAGGAGGGAAAGCCAGUACCAAGGUAUCAACCUGGUCACUGUUGUGGAGAAUUGGUUUCUGUCCUGCUGGGACCAUCUACAGUGGUAUGUAGAAUAAUGGUAGAGGAGAGAAUGUAUUAUGGCUCCUGUCUCCCAUUUGUCAAGGGUUCUGUAUGGUGUAUCUCUGCUGUAUUUGGAUCUUCAUGUGGUCAACAGAGGUUCUCAUAGGUGUCCCACACAGUAACAUCGGAGAGACUCGGGCAGAAAGCAAGAUUGUGCAGGACAGCUGGUAAGUGAUUGGUUAUCUCUUUAAGGAAGCUGACUGAUAAUGCAGUGGCUGAAGGGAAACAAGGGUUGUGGCGGGAUAGCAGUGAAGAGGUGAGGUGGGGCAAAAUUAAUGAUAACUAUAGUCUACAUUUUGCAAUGCUCUUAUCCCUUGGUGCCCUCUCUUAAGUCCAUUCAGUGACAGAGUUUUCAACAUGGUGGCCAAGUUCAGCCUUUACAAAGGGGUGUUAGUAAGAACAACCUUUUGUCCUCACUGUGCAACUGGUUCUGAGGGAAUAAGUAUUUAUCAUCUUCCUCCUUUAUUACAAAUUUCAUAUUUCCCUCUCUGUGGGCCAGCAGUUUGGCUCUUUGUUCUGAAUUAUUAGUCUGAUGGGAUGACAUGAGCCUUCAUCCCCAAGUUACCUUAGCCUUCUUGGACAUGGUUGCUGCAAGUACAUGCUUAAGAGUUAACCAUUAGGCACUGAGUUCCUAUCUCUCUGAAUUUUAGGCAUUCCUUUACAUCUCCUGGGUCUUGGAACAAUCCCUAUUUCUUUCCUAUCAUGUAACUGUGAUCCUAAUCAGAGUAAUUGUCAGAGUCAGUUGUCCCCACUAAUAACUAUUUUCUGUCUCACUGAUACGAGGAGUCCAAAAUGACCAAGUCAUAGCUUUAGUUGGUGGAAACCUUACUGUGUCCCCUGAUAGAUUUUUCUCUAUCAACCUACCCUCAGAAGCAGAACCCAGAAGAAUCUGGGGAUUCAAGAUUUUCAGGCUUUUCCCCCAACCCCAGGUCUCAGGGUUCCAUUCUUUUUCUUUCCAGGCCCUGAGUUUGGCAUAGGAAGCCUGUUGAGGUUGUGAGUUGGGUCUCUUUUGUAGCUCUGCUAUCUUUGCCAUUAAAUUCUAAACCUGGUUUUCUGAUGCUUUAGAAGAAAAGAGUCUAAACACUACCAAGGAGAACUUCUUUCACAGCAUCUUUCGAUUUGAUAUUUGUUUAAACUGAGCUGUCAUUUUGUUUUUACAAGCCUUCUAAAACUGUUAACAAAGCUUUUUUCACUCUAUAUACUAUGUAAUUAACGGUUGUGCCCAUAUAGUCUGUAAGUCAGUACUUUACUUCCCCAUUCUUUACUCCCCUGUAUGAAUCAAAAAUUGUGAUUUUACUGAAUUCUAGGAGUUGUCACCCUUGCACAUGUCAUCAGCAAUGAGAUGAUUCUUGCCAGUUACGAGUGAAUUGUCCCAUUCCCAAGUUUCAUCUUGUGGAUCUGCUUUUAAAGCCAGCUCUGGUAUAUGUGAUAUCAGUCUGUGUUCUCCUCAGAGCCUGAGAUAAGGAUCAGAAUGCAGUAGUUUAUUUUGAGAAAUGCAAGGGUUCCGGGAGUAAAGGACAGGGAAAGGUGAAACAGGAAAGUCCAGGAAAGGGAAAAAGUCAGUACCUGUGUAUUACAAAGCUGAUCAUCACUGUGGACAAAGUUGAUCAUCAGUAGGACUUAAUCCAACUGAGACCCAGUAAGCAGCUAUGGAAUAUACCCACAAAUGACUACCUGAAGGAUAGGAGAGAACUGUUGAACAUACUGCUAGAUUAUACACAUAAGUGCUAGAUGAGUUUGUUUAGCAGUUGUAUGCAGUGGUGCAUGGUGCAGAAAGUGAGAGAUCUGUGCUAUUAGGUUAUAACUGUACAGUAACUCCUUGUCACAGCAAAAACUGGAGGAAAAAAAAUGGGCUUGAAAAGAUAGGAGAUGGGGCAUCAGAGGUGUGAAAUAUACAAAAGCUCUCCCUUUUUUGUUUUAUUUUACAGUAUAUUGUAUGGAUUAAGUAUUUUUGAUAUCUGAAGUUACUAAUACAGUUAAUCUUUCAUUUUUAAAAAUUCUCUCUUCAUUAGGUCCAUUGUGAGGGGGUGUGUGUGUGUGUAUUUGGCACUAAAAUACACACAUUGCCAUUUUAUUAGCUUUCCCCAAUGUUUGCUAAUCUUUGGUUGUCUGUUUAUAUUUAAGAAUGAGGCAAUAGAAUGACUCACUGGGAUCUCUUUGUACCAGUGAAGGACUUGAUAAUGAUGGAUUUUUGUUUGUUUUUUUAAGUUCAUCUAAGACUUUUAUUUUUGGCCAACUUUGACGUUCAUGCUGUUUGUAUAUACUAGGCAUUACCUAAGGGGCCCUGUAAAUGUCAGAAUAAGAAAGGCUUUACUUAGAUGUGUUACAUUGAUUCUAGUUAAUUUAUUUUACCCUAGACAAUUUAUUUCCUUUAGAAAAGGACCCAGAUUUUUUGGUGGUGGGGAGAAUAAGGAGGGUAGAGGUAGAUAGGGUGUAGGGACCAUAGUAUAAGUGUCUAGCUUCUAGACUUUUUUUUCUUGCACCAGGAUCCAAUCCAGGAUCAUAUGUUACAUUUAGUUGUCAAACCUCUUUAGUCUUUUUUAAUCUGAGAUAAUCUUUUAGUCUUCUUUUUCUCUUAAUUUUAACACUUUUGAUGAAUUCUUGGCCAGUUAUUUGAUAGAAUGACCUUCAGUUUAGGUUUGCUUGAUGUUUCUUUGUGAUUAAAUUCAGAUUGUGCAUUUUUGGCAAGGAUAUUGCAGAAGUGAUGUGCUCUUUUCGCUAUCAUUUUCAUGAGGCAUAUGCUGUUAAUGUAUCUCAUUAAUGAUACUAACUCUGAUCACUUGAUUUAAGAUGAUGUCUGCAGGUUUCUGCACCAUAAAGUUAGAUUUUUCCUUUUAAAAUUAAGUAUUUUAUAAGGAGAUACUUGGAGAUUGUGUAAAUAUCCUGUUUGUCAUCAUGCCUUUGCCUUCCAAUUUUAGUAUCCAUUGAUAGAUAAUUCUUGCCUAAAACAAAUAUUACUGUGGUGUCUGCCUACUAGUGAUUUCUGUAUCCAUAAUUUCUUCUAUAAUUAUUAAUUGGAAUUCUACCAUGAGGAAGAACACCUCCUUUCCUCCACUUACUUAUUUUUGUUUCUUUCAAUAUAGAUUUAUGGAUAUUUCAUUUAUCCUAUGAGUCAUGAUCUAUAACUAUCAUUUUUUUUAUUUUAUUGUUCAAAUUAUUCCAGAUCUGAUUCAAUGGAGCCCUCUCCAGUUGUUUCGUAUUUCCUUUUGACAUGUUCCCAUCAUUUAAUAUACUUCAAGAUGAUUCAUGCUUAUCUUGUACUUUUCUUGUUCCAGAACUAAAAUCAAUCAUUUGUCUAGGAAGCUAUGGUUCCUAUUAUUGAGGAAUAAUACCUAGAAAUUAAGAUCUGGGUUGUAGCUAUGCUCAUUGUUGCUAGGAUGUUACUGCUUCUAGGCCCUUCCUGUCAGAGUUGAGAAAUAUAUGUAUGUACAGUGUAACUUUUAUUGGCAGUUGAGAAAAAACAUUUUGAUCAUUCUAACAAAAAGGCAGGAAAAGGAGAAUGCAGUGAGAAAAAACAUGGUAAUUAAAUGUUAAAUUGUUACAGGUAAGUGCAAACUUUAAUGUAAUACAUUCAUUUCAUUUAAUGUAAUACAUUUACAUUAAAUAUGAAUUAAAUAAACUCACCUAUGAAGAACGAGUAUCAGACUUUUUAAUCCACCUUUUAUUGUUUAAAAGAAAAAUAACUAAUACAAAAUGACCUAGAAUUAUUUUAUAUAUGUGUGUAUUUAGCCAGUACUAAGUGAAAAUUAAUGUAGUACUAUUAAUAUCAAAGUAGAAUAAAAGAUGCAAAGUACAACGUGUGAUAAAGAGAAACAUUUCUAUGGGUAGAAGUAAUUCACUACGAAUUAACAAAUAAGAAAAAUUGUAAGAUUUUAGUAUACCUCAGAAACUGAUAAAUCAAGCAAACGAAAAAUUCAUAUGAAAAUUCUUUUGGUAACAAAAGUUGGAAGUUGCUUAUUUUAGCAACGGAAGUGACAAGAUUCAUCAAUUGAAUUCGGCAGCUCACAGAAUGUAUAUACAUUCUUUUCAAAUGCAGAUGAAAAACUUUUAAAAUUGAACUUAGGGUCACAAAUUCUAAAGUAGCUCUAUAAAACAACUCUGGACUAUAGUGCAGUAACAUUUUUAAAAAUCAUUAAAAGGAAAUACCCUUUCCCCAAACAUAGACAUUUAAGAGUACCAUUCAGUGUAGUAGACGGAGCUGAUUUUAACUGACUCAACCCUUUUCCACUUCUGCUUCAAUUGCAUAUACAUCCUGAAGAAUAGACAACAUAGAACAACAUACACAGCCAAAUAUGAAACCAAGAAAGGAUAUCUGCCAAUUGUUAGCAUAAAAGUAAAUACCAUAAAUAGAUGCUUAUAGGAGCUAUUUAAAAAGUGGCUUUGGGAAAGAAUCAAAAAAAAAAAGAUAAGGGCCUCAACAGUAGGCAUCGAAAUUUACUCUUUCUGUAGAGUGCAGUGACUUCAGGCUAAAAGAGUAAAUUGUAAUGAAACUGGUGAUCCUGCUAGGCUGCAGCAGAGGCAAUCAAAAAACAUUCUGAAGGGAUGCUUUCACAAUACAGGAUGUGUGGAAUGUUUGCAGAAAUCAAUACCUGUUUAAGAUUAAUUCAUGAAAACUACAUGAGGGGAUAACCAACUGUACAAAAUAGGAUGAUUUGCACUUAAAGAUUGUAGAUAGAGAAAAAAAGUUGUUUAGACAUGAAAGAGUGGUUAACAUAAGAAUGGACUGGGUUGAGAAGGAUGUAUAAAACCACCAUUCUAAAAUUCUAGAAAUCAGAAAGUCAUUUAUUACAUGAAAUAUAAUUGAUUAUUUGAAAUAAAAUAGAACUGAAUGGUUGAAUAGAAGAAUGAACAAGACCAGUUGUAGAGAGAAUUAGUGAAUUUUCUGUUUUCCUGACUGAACCUUAGACAAAGGCCCUAGGAAUUUCCAGUAAACUGAUUAAAAUAUAGGUGUUACUUGCCAGCCCCUUACAUCAGAGCCCUCCUAAUUACUUGUUGUUCUUCUAAAGCUCUCUUGUUUCUAAUUGUUUUCCUGACCUUAACCACCCAUCCUGUGCUUCAUUGCAGCAUUUGUGAUUGAGUCACUGUAUUUGCCUCAGUUUUUGUCAUUCCAUUCCGACACUUGUAACUUAAUCAUAGCUCCAAAAGUCGUCAUCUUUGGGUUAGGAUAUUUGAUUAAUUUUUACCAGUUUAUAUCAUUUUCAUUGAUCUUAUUGCUUUGUCAAUCACUCUGAGCCACUGUCAUCCCCAGAAUUCUUUAGAUUUUUCACAGAUAACAAAUUUACCCUUUGUAGCUUCUUGUCACCAAAGAAGAGUCAGUAGAAAAACACCACAGUAGAGAAUGAGUGCAGUACAUGCAAACAACAAACCUGAAUAGACAAAAACAUACAAAAAGAUAGCCAGUGAGAUAAAGAAUUAGGGAUUUGCCAAUUAAAUCAAUGAAAUACAUUUCCAUAUCUUUUGAAUUGGUAAAAUACAUAUCCACGGUAGGAGAGGCACCAAAUAAUGGAUCACUCUAGUGCUGGUUCAAUGGCCGGCUGAACAGAUUGGUGAUGAGUGCAGAGUGGUUACAUGUGGGCCUAACAGAAUGACUCCCUCUAACCACUACUGCCCUAGCUACUACUGAUACAAAGACUCUAGCCUGCUAGUGUGUCUAUUCUGAUUAUACAUUUGGAGAUCAAUGAGGCUACAGACUCCGUGGGCCUCCUUCGGCCUCAUCUUUGAGGCUGGACUUCCCUAUAACCCCCCAUUUCACAAACUUCAUUUUAAAAUUAUUCAUCUGAGUUUUACCAUGAUGCAGUGCCCAAAGGUACAAAAUCUUUGGGAUUCGAACAAAUGAGAAAUGUGGAAUACCAUCUGCUGUGCCAGUUUUCAGUGUAUUGUGUCUCAGCUUCAGAUUCAGCUUUGUGAUAUUGAAUCUGAACACUGUCAACAUUUCUUCUUUGCCAGCUGGCUAAAUGUCAAGCUUCAUCAGUAGAGGACAUUGGGGCGACUGCAUAGUGUCAGGGGGACCCAUCCCUUUAAAGGCCUCAUCUUUCUUUAUUAUUCAGUAAUUUUUGUGACUCUUGUUGGAUUUUAAGAACAUGUAAAGAAUGUAUUUCAAAAUCCUAAAGAUAUACUAAACAGUAUAAGAAAACUAGUAGUAUAUUCGUAUUACUUAUCCUUUAAUAAACAUUGCAUUCUAUAUGGAAUAUGGAAAUUAAAACUCUUGGUUACAUAGUUCCUGACAUAGAUGGACCCAGCUUCCUACAUUAUUAUCAAUCAUUUGAUUUUUGUCUUCGACUUCUAUGGUGCUUAUGUAAUUCUGGUUGUAAGCAAUAUAUUUGAAAUAAACAAUACUAGCACAGAGAUUAUAAAGAUAAAAAAAGUUACAUCAGUUCUGUCAUUUUGUGUAACCACUUGGGAGUUUUGUGUUUAAAUUUUUUGGACUUAGACAUUCCAGAACCGCUAGAAUCAAUCUUGAAGAAACACUUGGAUAGUAUUGCAAUUUUGGGGAUUUAUAAUGGGAUUUUUGUGACUCUGCUGAAUGUGUCUUUAUGUUUACAUCUUUUCCUAAUUAUAAGUAUUACAUCGCUUUAUGGGAAACUUUUCAAAAUUAAAAGGAAUGAGAAUUCCUGAUCAUCUAUGAUUGGACAUAGGUUUAUGUAUCUGGCUGUAUGGUCUAAGGAUUGCAAAGAUCAAUUUUGACAAAGUCAUCAUUUGCAGAAGUUACUGCAUUAAGAGAAGUAGAUUGGAAUUCAGCUUGGGUAGUACACGCAGAGCUUCAUUAUGCCUCAGGCUAACGUGUAUGUGUAAGGUUUCGCUCCUUUUCUGCCCCCCCC